UUUGACAUUUAUGAAUUUAGUGAUGCUUUUUGGUUAACAAACAGUUAUCCAUUUUUUUAUUUUUUUGCUGCGACUACCCGGACAACCAGCUGCUGGGUUAUGACGAAGUCUUACUCUCGUGCACCUUAUGCCGAGCAGUUUAACGUGUUAUGGGAAAGUGUUGUAGUGUUUGAAGGUGAGAUUCUGAUAUAUACUUGUGCUUGCCUCACAGAACCAUGGAUGAAAUAAGGAAACAGUGAAGGCACUCUGUCUUCUUUUUUACGGAGUUUAUUUCAAGCCGGGUUUAUUGCUUGUGGAUUGCAAGAACGAAAAUAUUGCGACCGUGUAUGUUUAAAGCAUACUUUCAGGCGGUCUGCGCUGCAUGUUAAUUGAAUGAAUAGGCUUUGCAGGUUAGGUUUAAUUUCAAUGCGCUCAUGUAAUGGAUUACCUUAGUAAGUGGUUAUUUAUUGUCUAGUUGUGUAUAAAGUAGUUUUGGCUGUCUGUUUACACCCAUUCAUAACAAUACCUGUAACUAAUGCUUUAGUUUUAAUAUAUACGAAGGAGUCUGUAGUUUUAACCUUUCAAAACCAUAAAAUAAAACUGUAAAUCAAAAAGUUGCAUAAGAAUCAUAAUAUUAUAUUAAUAAUUCAGAUACAUAUUUCGGCACUUAAUUUAUUUUCAUGCAUCCGCUUAUCUGUCAAACGCACGACCCGAUCAAAUACGUUAUUGCAUUUUAGCAAAAGCAAAUACAUGGCAACAUUGUGCUCGGCAAAAAAAUCGACUUGUUAAAUUUAUUUUGUUUAUUUUCCUGUUUACUUACAUUCGUAUAUGAAGUUUUUGGUGUUUGGUGCAAUAUUCACGGAUUUUUGUGUAUUUAUAAUCAGAAUGAUAGUAAAUGAUAAAGUUGUUUAAAAUCAUUCGCAUUGAAAAUUUUAGUUAUAAAAUAUUUUACAAAUCUAGUAAAAAACAUAUAAUUAUAAAAUAUUUUGGUGGUAAAAAAGUGAGAUGUGAAAAAAGUUUUUUCAUUAAGAUAGUUAAUGUCCUGAUAAAUGCGUAGAUAAUUCCGGAGCGUGUUAACUAUAGCGAAUACUCAUAUUUGAAUCGCAAUUGGCUGGUUUUCACAAACCAAUUCGGUCUAGAUUUAAAAUUGAUAUACAAUUAUUUUCAACAGCUACAAUUUUUAUAAUACAAAUCAGAGGGCCACAAAUAAGCAAUAGGUUGUGUUAAAAAGGCGGCAAGAGACCAAAGCUGCCGACAACAGUUCCAGUGUUGUUUCGCACAUUUUUUGGACAAGUCUCAAGGCAGCGUGUAGCACGCUAACCAUCACGCGCAGCAAUGGGUCAGCUUAUGGCAAAAUUAGCCGUACCGUUACAGCAUUGCAGCGACAAUGUGGUAAAUAUAUUAGCUGGACGCCGCAAACGCAAACGCUCCCUAGACUCGAGCAAUGCAUCUGAUGAGCUGCAGAAUAGUGAAACGCAAUCGCCAAAGAAAAAAAGACUACUCACCACCACCCAAUACAUUUACCAAGCGCUCUUUAAGGAGCAAAAGAAUUCCGACAUUGCUGUGAUGGCGCUGGGCAAGGUGUGGAAUCUGCACAAAGUAUAUCUAUGCCAGAGCCCAUACUUUUACAGCAUGUUCAAUGGUUCAUGGAAGGAAUCCUGUCAAGAUUUUGUGCACAUUAAAAUUUUGGAUGAACGCAUCACUUUGGAAGCGCUUGACGCCGUUUUCGGUUCCAUGUAUUCCGACGAGAUCGAAAUCGACCCAAAGGCGGUGAUUUCAGUGUUGGCCACCGCGACGCUCUUCCAUCUAGAGGGCAUUAUCGACAAAUGCGCUGAAGUCAUGAUUGAGACCAUUGAUGCUGAGACUGCCAUUAGUUACUACGAAGCCGCUUGUCUGUAUGGCAGCGUGAAUGUUAAGAAAGCCGCCAUGGUGUUUCUGGAAACAAAUUUGCUCUGCAUUUAUCACAAAGAUGAACAAUUGCUGCGACAAAUCAGCGUCGAACUAAUGACAAAGUUGGUAGCCAGCCCUGAUUUAUAUGUGAUGCAGACUGAAUUUUCUUUAUACACAUUACUACGCACCUGGAUGUAUUUGCGUCUGCAUCCACUGUACGAUGCUGAACAUGCUUAUGAUAUUGCGCCGGCGGCAGGUGUCGGUGAUGGCAGUAGAAGUGGCGUUGGCAGCAACAACAAUAACAAUAAUAGCAAUAACGAUGGUCAGUGUCUGGCAGAUGUCGUGAAAGAUUACUUUGCGCAACGCAGUGAAAGACGUUCAUUCCUGGCCACAAUCGAGGGUCAACAAUUUGUACCGCCAUUCCAAGCGCUACGCACGCAGUACUUAACUAAUCAUCAUACAGAUUUGAAAAUCGUACUUAACGACAAUAUUAUUCCAAAAGAUUGGCUGCAUAGUCAUGUGCUUAGCCAUUGGCAUUCGAUUUUAAAGGUCGAUCAUUUGCCAGAGGAGGGACCGCAAAAUCUUGAUGCCGAUGUGUUUUAUAAGAAUUGUAUGCGUUGUGGGCGCAUACUACUCGAGCCCGGUUAUCAGAAGUGGCGAUGGACAGGUUUCAACUUCGGUUUAGAUUUGGUGCUGGUCGCUGAUUCACGCUUGCUUAGCAUACGACGUCAUCAUCGUAAUGAGCACGAGCGUUUGCUGAGCCUGCAAACCAAAAGGCAGUUUAUGAUACGCACUUCGGUAACAUCGAUCAAUUCACAACGGCAACCAACAUUCACGCAAAAGACCGAAAUAACCUCACUCAGUCUGGAAAAGAAUCAAGAGGUGACGAUAAUGCUCAUGGACACAUUGCUGGUGCAUCCCUUGCUCAUAUCGGUGAAUCUGUUGGUGGUGCCGCCGACGUCGCAACACUUUAAGCAACACAUCUAUAGCAACGAAGAUACGAUUAAUGCGGCGACAGUUCCUAUAUCAGAAAUCGGUGCCAAUUGCAAUCCAGCCGGUGAUGCGGCUACGGCGCAACGCCCAGGCACGCCAACAAAUAGCAAUGUCAGCGCCGAGCGACUGUUGUUGGCGGCAGAUGAUUCGGCGGUGUGUGUUGUGCCGCCUUCACCACCAAAUGUACCGUCAGUGUUGCUAACACCGCCCACACAACGUGCCGCUUCUACAACGUCAACAGUAUCGACGGCUUCAUCCGCUGGUUCGGCGGUUUCGGUCUCCUCGUCGGCGUCGGAUUUUGUAUAAGUUGGUGUAGUU